CCAGUUUGAACUCGCAAACCCGACACGAAGCCUGUACACUGUAGCAUUCGUGCGAUAGCUGGUGUGGUGCCGUGGUGCGUGCGUGCGUGUGUGUGUGUGUGAGAGAGAGAGAGAGAGAGAGAGAAUGGCGGGGCACGGGGGAUUCGUGGAAGCAGACAAUGCAGAAGCCAUAAUCACCAGAAUCGAACACAAAUCACGCAAGAUCGAGAGCUUACUCAAACAGUACAAACCGGUGGAAGCUCUCAAGACUGCUCUCGAAGGCUCACCUCCCAAGACCAGAGACGAAAGAUGCAAGUCUGCAAAUUGGAUUGUGGUGCACAGGGCAAUUAUGGCAAUAAAAGAUGUGGAUGGGAUGUUCUCUUCUCUUGACCCUGAGUACUAUGAUAUUCUCAUGAAGUACUUGUAUAGAGGGUUGUCUACCGGGGAUCGUCCGACAUGUGACCAAUGUCUACGGAUUCAUGAAAAGCUGACAGAGAAAGCUGGAUUAGGUUGCAUAUUACGCUCAUUAUCAGACACUAUGAAUACUGUUUGAUUCCAAUCACUUAUUGCCCUUAAAGGCCAAUGUACGCAUACAGAUGUUUGUUAUUGAAUGCCAAAAUCAUCUGCACCUCAAAAUGUCCAUGACUGACUACAAGUUUGUGGAAAAGCCGGAAAAUUCUGGAUUUGCAUUCCAGAAGCUUGGCUUGCAUAGAUCACGAAUGAAAUUGUAAUUGAUGGCCUUCUCAUAAUUUCGUCUUUUGAUGCUAA